UAUAAACUCAAAUGAACAUCCUAAAUAAAGCCACAUUUGGAGGUGGAUGCUUUUGGUGUAUUGAAGCUAUAUACAGAAGAAUUUAAGGAAUAAGUGAAGUUUACUCUGGAUAUAGCGGAGGUGCAUUAAAAAGCACUGCCAAUUAUAAAGAUGUAUGCAAAGGAAAUACUGGUCAUGCUGAAGUAGUCUAAGUUAUUUUUGAUCAGAAUAAAGUCUAGUAUAAAGAUUUAUUGUAUAUAUUCUUUGCAUCACAUGAUCCUACAACUUUGAAUCGAUAAGGUAAUGAUGAAGGAGAAUAAUAUCGUUCUGUUAUUUUUUAUCAUAGUGAAUAGCAAAAAACAAUUGCUAAUGAUCUUAUUAAGGAAUUACAAAAAGAAUACAAGAAUCCUAUAGUGACUUAAAUUAUCUAAUUUUAGGAAUUCUAUAAAGCCGAAGAUUAUCAUUAGGGUUAUUAUGACAAUAAUUAAAAUGAAGGAUACUGUAGAGUUGUAAUAUCUCCUAAGAUUGAAAAGAUUAUUAAGAAAUAUAAGACACAACUCAAACCAGAAUUUUAAUGAUUUAAAAUUUAAUGUUUGUAUUAAUCAUUAUUCAGU